CCAUCACUUCCUAUUCAUUCAUCCACACACGUCUCCCUUUUUCGACAUUCCCAAGUUUCUCUUGGGUCCUCUUUGACUAAUACUCCUCUUAACAGCAGCAGCAGCAGCAGAAGCAAAACACAAUCAUGGCGGCUGUUUUGGCACUGUUUGUGAUGACUUUUGCCAUCGUCUUCAGCAACUCAGCUGCUGAUCCAGACAUGCUUCAAGAUAUCUGUGUCGCCGACUACGCUUCAGCGGUGAAAAUGAAUGGUUUCGCUUGCAAGAACGCAGCAAAUGCAACAGCAGAGGACUUCUUCUCUGCCGGACUAGCCAAGCCAGGACUCACCAACAACACCUUCGGCUCUCUGGUGACUGCAGCUAAUGUCCAGACGAUUCCAGGCCUCAACACCCUCGGGGUCUCGCUGGCCCGAAUUGACUAUGCUCCCGGAGGCAUCAACCCACCUCACACUCACCCACGCGCCACCGAGAUAGUCUUCGUGCUCGAAGGUUCGUUGGAUGUUGGGUUCAUUACCACAGCAAACAAGCUCAUUUCCAAGACCAUUGCCAAGGGUGAAGUGUUUGUGUUCCCAAAGGGGUUAGUUCACUUCCAGAAGAACAAUGGCAAGGUCCCUGCUUCCGUGAUCGCCGGGUUCAACUCUCAGCUGCAGGGUACCGCCAAUAUUGCCCUCACAUUGUUCGCCGCCUCGCCGCCGGUGGAGGAUGAUGUGUUGACCAGUACUUUCCAGAUUGGUACUAAAGAGAUUAAGAAGAUCAAGGCCAAGUUUGCACCCAAGGCCUAGAAAUUUUCAAACUAUUCUACGUAUUAGCUUGAUGGGGUGGGGGAAUUGUACUCUGUUUCUUUGUUAAUCCAAUGUGUGUGUGUGUGUUUUUUUUUCAUUCUGUGUUUCUUCCGGUCCCUUCAAACUUAGUUAAUUGUGUUUUUUGUUGUUGUUGUACUUAUGGUGGUUGAUGAUUAAUAACACAUUUCAAGUCUGGAGGAGUAGCUAUCUA